AUGGCAGCGAGUGGUAGUAGUGGAAUAGCAUCUGCACCAACAGGAACAGAUCAAAAUUUUGAUUAUAUGUUCAAACUUUUAAUUAUUGGUAAUUCAUCAGUUGGUAAAACUUCAUUUCUGUUUCGAUACUGUGAUGACUCUUUCACGUCAGCAUUUGUUUCAACCGUUGGCAUUGAUUUCAAAGUGAAAACAGUCUUCAGAGGUGAUAAACGCGUCAAAUUACAAAUUUGGGACACUGCAGGACAAGAGCGAUAUCGGACAAUUACUACAGCAUAUUACCGCGGUGCAAUGGGAUUUAUUCUUAUGUAUGACAUUACCAAUGAGGAAUCAUUCAAUAGCGUUCAGGAUUGGUGCACACAAAUCAAAACAUAUUCUUGGGAAAAUGCUCAGGUGGUACUCGUCGGUAACAAAUGCGAUAUGGAUGACGAACGUGUAGUGUCUUGUGAACGAGGCAAACAACUAGCUGAUCAGCUUGGUUUGGAAUUUUUUGAAACAUCUGCCAAAGAAAAUAUAAAUGUCAAAGCAGUUUUUGAAAAAUUAGUCGAAAUAAUUUGCGACAAAAUGGCGGAAUCUUUGGAUUCAGAUCCGGCAACUACUCAUCCCAAAGGCCAACGUUUGGAUGCUCCAUGCAUGCAGAAACCACCCUCCUCUCAAUGCAACUGCUAA